UUCCUGACAAGCUGCUUUUGUUAUCCUGCAGUACCGCAGCUCCAUAAUAGUUUCCAGUCUCUACGUCUCCAUCAUUCCCGUCUCGCGCGAGAACUCGUGGCUCCGCAAAGGAGUAAAGUCGGUCUUCCCUUUCGGGUACCUUCUCCCUGCUCCCUGCGCGUCGUGUUACCUAAGCGCUGGCAUUUGGUAUGUGGCAUUGAGCUGGCAUCUCGCAUUUAGCACGCCAGCCGUUCGUGAUUUCGCCUAUCGAGGUGACUUUGAGUCGACUUAAAAGUAGUUCGUCGUCUCGCCCACCUUCUGCGCCAUGGAGCUCGCGCAGCUCGCGCAUUCGGCGCAGUCGCUGGGCCUACCGGGUCUCAUCGUCGCGCUCGUGCUCAUCAUGGUCGUCGCCUCGUGGCUCGGCGCGUCGCAAGGCAAGAGCCAAGACGCUGGUCACAAUAGCUCAUCUGCAAAGGAGGCGAAGCCCACCAAGGUGUACAGCAAGGAGGAGGUGGCGGCGCACAACAAGCGGGACGACUGCUGGGUCAUCAUCAAGAACAAGGUGUACGAUCUGACAUCAUAUGUGGAUGAGCACCCAGGCGGCGAUGCCAUUCUCAACAAUGCAGGAGGCGAUGCGACAGAAGGCUUCUAUGGGCCUCAGCAUGCAUCACGGGUCUUCGAUCAGGUGGAAGAGUUCUUUAUUGGUGACCUUGCUAGCUGAUGUGACUUGAGAGUCUCUUUUCUGCGCCAAUACGAUUCCUCUAUGCAGGAUGUGGAGAAAUGUGAUAGCCCUGCACUUUUCUCACAUCAUGGUUGGGUGACAUCCCGUUUAGUCAUGAACAGGGUUGCAUUUGAAAUAAAUCUCCCUGAUGUUGUAGAAGACUAAGUAUAAAACUAUAAAUGCGAACACUUGGCAAACCCUC